UCACACACAGAGAGGGUGAACAUCAAGCCAGGGGAACGGCUGCUGCUGGGGGGCUUUGCUGGCCUCCGGGUGGCUGGUGGGAUCCCGGAGCCUCAGGCGAGGGGCUGUGAUGGAACAGGACAGCAACUGAAGACUCUCGAAAGGCCACCGAGUGACCAGGCCCCAAGCCAUGCAGAAAUCUCAGGGGCAGAACACCCUCAGCCGGGCCACAGAAGAGGCUGGGGGGACAGGACGGGGCCUGGGAAGAGCCCCCCCCAGCCCUGCCAUCCCUCCAAAGAGAGCCAAAGUCGCAGCAGAGCAGGAGGGCCCUGCAGCCCCGGUCUUCCUGCAGGAGCUGAAGGACAUGGCCAUCAGCCUCGGCCAAAACAUCCUGCUGAGGGUGGUCGUGACCGGCAGCCCCCAGCCGCACCUGAGCUGGUACAAAGAGAAAGAACCUGUCGCCCCCACCAAAGACAAGGAAGAGGAGGAGGAGGAGGAGGAGUACGGCAGCCUCCGGAUCCAGUGCAGCAAAGCGGCUGACGCAGGAGUCUACAGCUGCGUGGCCAAGAACGAGCAUGGCGAAGCUGUCACCUGUGCCACUGUGAGGAUUACAGGCAUGGAAGACUCGGAGACGGGAGAAGAUGAUGCCAGCAGUACACAGGUGACCCAACGCAGCCAGCUCCAGGAUGAGACAACCUAUAGCUCCCCUACAGGGGAGUCGGACACGCUGGUGGAUGCUUCCAUGAAGACCACUCCGACCUCAGUGCCAGGCCUGUCCCAGACAGAUGAGCACUCCAGUUGGUCAGGGAGCCAGACCACAGUGUUGGAGAAGGAUCCAGAUGCUGGCCCCACGGUGAGGGGACCCUACCUGCACCCCAGCAUUCCAAGGCAAGCACCUGCCGAGGCCCGGCACCUGGGGGUGGAGCCGCUGGUGCGGGCAUCACGGGCGGAGCUGAUUGGCGUGGCCCCGGGGUCCGAGGACAGCCUGUCUCUGGGGAGCGACCCCUACGGCAGUGCCUUCAGCCUGUACCGGGGCCGUGCCCUCUCCCUGCACGUCAGCCUUCCCCAUGGUGGCUAUCGGAGGGAUGAUGCCCACAGCAGCAGCAAAACCAGCUCAGAUACCCUCCACCUGCCUUCACAGAAACCUCCUCUCCAGCGCCCAGUGUCCCCCCGAGCAGGGCAGUGCCCAGUCCAGCCACCUGGAGCCAGCCACGGCCCCACACCACCUGUGGCUCCCCGAAGAAAGCUGCUGAUGCCCCCUGAGCUCCAGGACACAGCAUCGGAAGAGUUUGAUGAGAAGCUGAAGCGCCUGAAGUCAUCUGGCUACUCUCAGGCUUGCACAGGAGAGUCAAGGCCCCAGACACCACUGAGCGAGGCCUCCAGCCGCGUCUCUGUCCUUCGCCCAUCUCCUAAGCUGCCCCGGUCAGGCACCAAGAUCUUUGACAAGCUCAAGUUCUUUGAGGAGCGGCGGAAGAGCCUGGAACAGAACGAUAACCCUUUUGUCGGCCACACAUGGCUACCCCUACGCAAGACACGCUCCUUUGAUCAACCUGGCUUGGAUGAAGCCAGCCCCUUCCUGUCAGCUGACUCUCAUGAGGACCUGAGAGAGGAUACCCGCUCUGAACUGGGAGGUGCAGCCUGCCGGCGCCAUGCCUUCCACCAAAAGGCAUCCUCCUUGGAUGACCGCAGCCGCUUCUCCAGCCGCGUCUAUGACCUUGAGCACAAGUUCACUGAAGAACUGGGCCGCAUCAAGCGCACAGUGUCUCAACAGCAUCUGUGGCGAUCGCAAGAAUUGUUCAGCUCACCAUCUCCCCAUACCACCACUGAACCACCUGCCCCCACCAGAGUUCCACCACCCCGAAAACUCAAGCCCCUGAAGGCUUUGCCACCUCCAGAGAAUGCACAUGGCGUGCAGCAGCUGGUGUUGUCCAGUGUGGGCCUAGUGGGCCCCAGAGAUGAACCCAAGGGAACACAAAAGCCUCUGUUGAAGAGUGGAGUUGCAGCGGAGCAGGUGGGAAAGCAGAACAGAAGUCAGAAGGAAACCGAGCUGAAUGGCCAGGACCUGCGGCGAAAGGUGGAGCAGUGCCCGCUAUCUCAUGCUGCCCCAUUGGGACAGAGGGACUUGCUGCUGAAGACUGGGCCUCCUGAGGGUAUUGAUGGAACGGAUGGAGGCUCUGUGAACCCAGCCAAAGGGAGCCAGGAGUCAAAGGGGCUAAGUGAGACUUUGCAUGCCCGGAAACGGGAGUCCGGCCAGGAUGGACAUCCCCUGCCCUGGGCUAAGACAGAACCAGAUAGAAGCAGGACAGGGGUUCAUGGCACAAGCAGGGAGUUGGAGAGAAAGACUGGGAAAGUGGCAGAGAAAAAGGACAGUGCAUUGCAGCCUCAGGAUGGGAAGAGUGCGCGGAGCAGAGGCAAAGGCCGCCGGACCCGGCGCAUGUCCCCCGAACCAGAAUCUUCAGAUGAUUCCUACAUCUCAGCAGGCGAGGACCCACUGGAGGCCCCCAUCUUUGAGAUCCCUAUCCAGGAUGUAACAGUUACAGCUGGAUCUGAGGUGCUGUUCAAAUGUAUCAUCACCGGCAACCCAUCCCCAGAAGUGUCAUGGCGAAAGGACGGGGUCACCUUUCGGAGCAGCACCACUCGCCCUAUCAAAGCAGAGGGAGAACGCCACACCCUGCUGGUCAGGAGUGCCCGUACGGCUGAUGCUGGUCUCUACACUGUGUGCGCCACCAAUGAGGUGGGCGAGGCUUGCUGCAGUGCCAUCUUGACUGUGCGGCCUGCUCCCCUAGAGACCCACAGCCGAUUGGUGCCAUGGCAUGAGAUUAGUAGCCCUGUCACAUCAGAUGAAGAAUACCUGAGCCCAUUGGAGGAGUUCCCUGAGUCUGGCACCCCUCGGCACCAUCCUGUCAUGAGAGUGCAACCCCGCUCUGAGACCAGCUCUGCUCCUGCUCACGUGGGCAUCAACUUCAAGGCUGCACCAUCCUUUGAGGUGGCACUGAGUGAUCAAGCAGUACUGGAGGGACAAGAUGUGGUCCUGCGCAUUCGGGUACAGGGAGAGCCCAAGCCUAUUGUGCACUGGCUGAAGAACCGGCACCCAGUGAAGUAUGGGCGGCGCAUUUCUGCCAAGGAGGAAGAUGGCGGAUCUUUUUGCCUACAGAUCCACAUGGUGGAGUGCACAGAUGCUGGCUAUUACGCCUGCAAGGCCAUCAAUGAGUAUGGCACCAAGCAGUGUGAGGCCAAGCUUGAUGUGCAAGUGCACCCUGAGACCCAGUCCCUGGCAGUGCUGGCACCCCUACAGGACGUGGUGGUGGGGGCUGGGGAUGCAGCUAUCUUCGAGUGCCUGGUCUCUGGCCCCCCUGAUGUGGAUGUGGACUGGCUGUGGCGGGGACGCCUGCUCCAGCCUGCCCUGCUCCAGUGCAAGAUGCAUUUCGACGGGCGCAAGUGCAAGCUGCUGCUUACCUCAGUGCAUGAGGAUGAUAGUGGCAUCUACACAUGCAAGCUAAGCACAGCUAAAGAUGAGUUAACAUGCAGUGCCAAGCUAACAGUAUGGCCGUCGCACCAGCCACUCUUCACUCGCAAGCUGGAGGCUGUGGCUGUGGUAGAGGGGCGAACAGCGAGGUUUGACUGCAAGAUCAGUGGGGAUCCCCCACCAACUGUCACCUGGACUCGCUUCGGCCAGCCUGUACAAGAGGGGGAAACCAUGCGCUUACAGCAGGACGGGGGGCUGCACUCACUGAUCAUCCUGCACGUGAGUUCCGAGGAUGAGGGUCAGUACGGGGUGAGUGCCAGCAACAAGCACGGCCGGGCCGAGUGCACUGCAGAGCUGUACGUGGAGGAGCCGCGUCCAGCAGCUAGCUCCCAGAUCUCCAAGCUCGAGAAGAUGCCAUCUAUCCCCGAGGAGCCAGAACAAGGGGAGAGCGAAGUGGAACGCUUCACCAUGCCUGAUUUCUUGCGGCCGCUGCAUGACCUGGAUGUGGUGGAAUCCAAGGAGGCCGUGCUGGAGUGCCAAGUGGCUGGGCUGCCAUACCCCUCCAUCACCUGGUUCCAUAAGGGCCGGCGCAUUGAGAGCACUGAUGACCGCAGGAUGAUGCAGUAUAAGGAUGUGCACCGCUUGGUUUUCAUCUCUGUCAGUCAUGCCCAUGCUGGGGUUUAUAAAAGUGUAAUUGCCAACAAAGUGGGCAAGGCCACCUGCUACGCACACCUCUAUGUCACAGAUGUGGUGCCCAUGCCUCCCGAUGGGCCACCCACCUUAGCUGCUGUCACUGGUCGAGCUGUCACACUGAAAUGGAACAAACCCAAGUGGUUGGACUCAGCCAUCGACCCUGCCUCUGUGACCUAUACUCUCCAGCAGCAGAUCCUGGGCACCAGCAACUGGACUGUCUUUGCCACAGGAGUGCGCGAAACCAGCUAUACAGUUCUGGCUCUGACCAAGGGUAUCCGGUAUAUGUUCCGUGUCCUCACCACUACAGCCAAGGCUAACAGCAAGCCUUCCCCACCCACUGAGCCUGUGCAGCUCCUAGACCGCGGUCUCUAUCUGGCAGAAGCCCCCAUGAUCCUGGACAAACCAGAUGUGGUGCAUGCAGUGGAAGGGCAGCCAACCUGCAUCACUGUAACCCUAAAUCACGUAGAGGUUGCUGUCACCUGGAGGAGAUCCGGUGUGGUGCUGAAGGAUGGCGACCCCAGCUGGGAGAUGAGCAUGCCCGAUGAUGACCAGCACUCAUUGCGAUUCUUCCGGGUGGGUAAGGGGGACGUGGGGGAGCUGACCUGCGAGGUGAGCAACCAGCAUGGAUAUGAUCACUGCUCCAUCAGCUUGGAGCUGGCAGAGGCACCCCGCUUUGAGUCAAUCAUGGAGGACAUUGAAAUCGGGGUGGGUGAGACGCCACAGUUUGCUGUAGUGGUAGAGGGGAAACCCCUUCCAGACAUCAUGUGGUACAAGGAUGAGGUGCUGCUGGUGGAAAGCAACCACCUGAGCUUCGUGUACGAGGAGAGUGAAUGCUCACUAGUUGUGCUGAACACCACGGAACAGGACAGUGGGGUCUACACGUGCAUUGCACACAACCUGGCUGGAGAAGUGUCUUGCAAGGCGGAGCUUGUCGUUCAUGCAGUUGUGCCAGAUGCUGAUGCUACACGGGCAGAGGAAGAAUCACACAUAGCCCGUCGCCUGGCUGACUAUUAUGAUAUACAUGAGGAGAUUGGCAGGGGAGCCUUCUCAUAUGUGCGGCGAGUGACCCAGAAGAGCUCCGGUUUGGCCUUUGCUGCCAAGUUCAUCCCAUGCCGUGCCAAGGCCAAGAAGUCUGCUCGCCGCGAGCUCGGCAUCCUAGCUCAGCUGGACCACGAACACAUCGUCUACUUCCAUGAUGCCUUUGAGAAGCGAAAUGCCAUCAUCAUUGUCAUGGAACUCUGCGCUGGAGAGGAACUGCUGGAACGUAUAGCAAGGAAGUCCUCUGUGAGCGAAUCUGAAAUUCGCUCCUACAUGUGGCAGGUCCUGGAGGGAGUCAGCUAUCUCCACCAUCAUGGUAUCCUGCACCUCGACAUUAAGCCUGAAAACCUGCUGUUGGCUGAAGUUGGCAGUGAGCAGGUGAGGAUCUGUGACUUUGGCAAUGCCCAGGAGCUGACUCCAGAUGAGCCGCAGUACUGCAAGUAUGGCACCCCUGAAUUCGUAGGCCCUGAGAUCGUCAGCCAGAGCCCCGUCUCCAGGGUCACCGAUGUUUGGCCAGUGGGAGUCAUCACAUACUUAUGCCUCACAGGGAUCUCCCCAUUCGUGGGAGAGAAUGACAAGACGACCCUCAUGAACAUCCGCAACUACAAUGUGGCUUUUGAGGAGAGCAUGUUCACCGGACUGACGAGAGAGGCGAAAGGCUUUGUCAUCAAAGUGCUGGUGAACGAUCGCUUGAGGCCCAAUGCAGAGCAGACCUUAGAGCAUCCCUGGUUCAAGACAUUGGCUAAGGGCAAGAGCAUCAGCACUGAUCAUCUCAAGCUCUUCAUAUCUCGCAGGAAGUGGCAGCGCUCCCUGAUUAGCUACAAGUGCAACAUGGUGCCACGGCCUAUCCCUGAGCUUCUAGAAGACACAUCCAGCCACUUGUCCAUUGCUGUGCCACGCCUCCUCAAGGAGACUUCAGUGCUGUCCUCCUCUUCGGACUCUGAUGACCCAGAAGAGUUGCCUUACAUUCCCAUGCCCCAUCAGCUUGAAUUUUCUGGUUCCCGCAUGUCCCUCAACGAGAUCCCCACAGAUGAUGAGCCUCUGAGUCCCGAUAGAGUUCCAGAGGAUGAGGAGGGCACAUCCAUGGAGUGGCAGAGUGAGGGACAGGGAGGAGCAGUGGAUUUCAAGAGGAAGGAGGAGGCAGAGUCGUCCUCUGCCAGGAGGCAAAAGGGCACAUUGCCAACGAAGCGCUCCACAGAGGCCGUGGAGCCUGGCUCUUCUGACGAGGAGACUCGUGAGGCCCGGAAGAGACCCGAGUACCCCAGAAAGACCCUGAAGAAAGGUUCCAGUCUGGAUGCUCCAGAAGCAUCUGAGAAGGCCUCACGCAAGGGGGAGCUGCGCCGUGGCAGUUCCGCAGAUAGCGCCCUCUUGCUCAGCCUUCCCUCGGAGGAAGCCCAGUCCCGUAAAAGCCUGACCAAGGCAGCCUCCAUGGAAUUGCCCCGCCGUAGCCCCAGCCCUGGCACCUUGUACCGGAGGAAGGGUGGUUUGCCCGAGGAAGAAUAUGCCCAGCGCCUGGAACUCAUGCGCCAGCGCUUGCUGCAUGGCAGCCCUGUCGAUGGCAAACUGAGUGGCUUGCGGGGGCCCUUGCUGGAGACGCUUGGCCUUGAGAAGAAGGUGCUGAGGCCUCCCAGACUGGAGAAACAGCUGUCCCCUGGGCACAAGAUGGUGCGUGCCGCCUCCAGUGAAACAGCUCCCCAGCACCUGCCGCCGGAGGGGCGCCUCCUCCAAAAGAGCAGCUCCUUCAGCCAGGGUGACGGGGAGCCUGUUACCCUGCAUCGCCGCUCUGGAGCACCACUAGAAAUCCCUUUGGCCCAGGCUGAGGCCCAGAGACUAAAAGAGACACCAUCUCUCUCUGCUCUGAAUGAGUCCAGGCCCCAUACACCCCACGAGGUUCCCUUCAAGCCACCCACCCCUGAGCAGGGAGAGGGGAAAAAGCCCAGCACCAGGCCCAGCUUAAGGAGGCCAGCUGCCAGGGGAACUGAGGACAAGCCACUGGUGGCCAGGUUUGCCAAACCAGACACCGCAACCGGUGUAAAAGCCAUAGCCCCCUCAAGGGAGUCUGCGCCAUUCAUGCCCAUUUCACCCACCCCUGGCAGCUCAGCACCCAAACGUUCUUCCUAUGCCGAUGUCAUGCUGUCCCUGGCAGGUGAGCUGCCCAGGGGCCCUCCCAGGGAGGCAGCAGAGCCUGCUGCUGCCUCAGUCCAUAUACCCCGCCUCUUACCAGCAGAGACGCAGUCCCACACGGCUGUCUAUGCCAAGGUGGCUGCACAGACGGCGGUCAAGGAGCCAGCCACCCCAGCUCGCUCUUCCAGUACUGAGCAUAUCCCAGACAUUGACUCCGAAGAGGUGUUUGAGGCCAAGUUCAAGAGAAGCCGGGAAGGCUCCCUCAGUCGGGGCCGCAAGCUGCUCUCCAGGUCGGAGGAGCAGCAGCUGGCUGGGCCCCUGGUCCGGGAGGAGGGCAUAUAUCGCCCGGGCCCAGUGGGUGCUCCACUAGAGCUGUCCAAAUCUGUGGCUUCCCGGCGCUCUUAUUCAGUGCAGGACCUGCAUGAGGUGGAGAAGGAAACAGGAUUCAUUCGCAGGAUGUCCAUGCGACUCCGGCGGACGCCCCCCACGGAGAGGAGAAAGGUCAAGGAGGAUGAAGUUGCGGGAGGAACUGCACCGGGGCGGAGACUUUCCUGGGGCCUGGCUUCCAAGGAGAAAAAAGACUCAGACAGUCUGCAGUCAGAGCCUGGCUCCAGCGAGUCCCCUGUCAUGGCGGUCCGCAGGAAGAUCGGCACCACCAUGGGGCGCUUCUCCACACACCUACGCAGCCAUUCGCAGCCGCAAACCGAUGAUGACCACAUCAGGCAGCCUGCGAAGAGAGCUCCUUUCCUCUCUCAGCUGCGCCGGGCAACCUCUGAGGGUGAAAACCUGCGUCAGGUGGGCAUCCCACAGAACCAGCUGGCAGCCCAGUCUGCCAAUGUCCCUUCCACAGAGUCCUUCCAGUCAGAGACAUCCACAGGCAAUGUCCCCAGUGAUAGCCACCGGCGCGGUUCUCGCUGGGAACGCUGGAACUUGUCCCGAGCCAAGAAAGACAAGGUUGCAUCACAGCCCAACAUUCCUGCCAGCCUGAGAGGGGAUGGCGUCGUCAUUGUGAGUCAACCCUAUGUGCUCAGCGAGUCAGACUUCCCUCCAGUUUUCCACAUAAAAUUGAAGGACCAGGUAUUGCUGGAGGGUGAGGCAGUGCAACUCUUCUGCCUUCCUGCAGCCAGCCCUGCCCCCCGUAUACUGUGGAUGAAAGACAAGCAUCCCUUGGUAUCAGAGGGUGUUCUCAACAUUGUGGCAUGUAAGGAUGGCCGUCAGCUGCUCACCAUCUCCAAAACCUCCAAGAAGGAUGCGGGCUUGUACGAAUGCAAUGCUGCAAAUGCCUUGGGCACUGCCACCAGUUCCUGUACCCUGGCUGUGGCACGACUUCCUGGGAGACCAGGCACCCCAGAAAUCCCUCAAAAGUACAGGAACACAGUUCUGGUGCUGUGGAGGCCAGCAGAUAGUCGGGCACCCUGCACAUACACGCUGGAACGCAAGAUGGAUGGGGAGCAUGAGUGGAAAAUAGUCAGUUCAGGCAUUGCUGACUGCUACUUCAAUGCGACGGAUCUUCCAGUUGGGAGCACCCUCAAGUUCCGUGUGGCCUGCGCCAACAAGGCCGGACAAGGCCCCUACAGCAACCCCUCAGGGAAGGUGUUCAUUGAGAGUGCAGAACCCAAGGCUGCCCACUCAGCUGUCACUGCCAAGAAGAAUAUAACUGCCCCAGAGAAAAUGGCUUCCACCAGAUUCACCCAGACCCCAUCUGAGCAGUCUCCCAAGCCAACACUCAAAACCACAGCUCCACUGCCCUCCACCCACAGCUCCAUGCCCUCCAAGGAGCAUAAGGGGUUGGUGCCUAUGCUGGGACAGUCUCCUGCUGUCCCGUCAUUGACUCAGGCCAAGGAGGAGAAGCCUCUGGCUGCAGAGGAAGAAAAACCCCUUCUUAUGGCACAGUCCUCCAAGGAUGUCUCCUCUUCUGAGUGCCCAGCCAUCACAACUUCUCCAGAGCCAACAUUAAAGCCUUCCCGGACUGCAUCUUCUCUCAAUGCCCAGAGUGCCUCAAACACUACCAAAGUCUUGCCUGCCCCAGAAUCCAGCCCUGGCUUUUCUCUUUCCAAAUUCUCACCCAUCAACCCUGUAUUGCGAACCCCUAUGGCACACUCACCAGCAACUGUCUCCCCCAAAGCUGUCCCCUAUGUAGCCACAUCUUUUAUCUCCAUGCCACCAGGUGUUCCCACCACCACGGAAGGUACACCCAGCCCCCCAGUUACCCCCACCACAGAGGAGGUGCCUUCCCAUACACGCUUCCUGAGCCGGAGCACUGCUUCUGGCAGGGACACCAUUAGUGGUGCUCAGGGCAGGCUGACUCCAGCUGCAAAGGACGACUCGUCAUUGCGCCAAGGAGUCCCUCAAAAGCCCUACACCUUCCUGGAUGAGAAAGCAAGGGGCAGGUUUGGAGUGAUCCGGGAAUGUAAAGAGAACGCCACGGGCAAGCGCUUUAUGGCCAAGAUUGUGCCAUAUGAGGCAGAAGGCAAGCAGAAUGUCCUGCAGGAAUAUGAGAUCCUUAAAGGCCUGCACCAUGAGCGCAUCAUGACACUGCAUGAAGCUUAUAUCACACCCCGCUAUCUGGUAUUGAUAGCCGAACACUGCACUGGGAAGGAAAUCCUCUACCACUUUGUUGACAGGUUCCGUUACUCAGAGGAUGACGUGGUGGGGUAUGUCACACAGAUCUUGCAAGCACUGGAAUACCUUCAUGGGCAGCGCAUUGUCCACCUUGACCUGAAGCCUGACAACGUCAUUGUCUCUGCUACAAACACAGUAAAGAUCAUAGACUUUGGCAGCGCCCAGACUUACAACCCGCUUGUGUUGCGCCAGCUGGGGCGCCGUGUCGGCACAUUAGAGUACAUGGCUCCAGAAAUGGUGAAGGGAGACCCCGUUGGUUCAGCAGCUGAUGUCUGGGGUGUGGGAGUGCUCACAUACAUCAUGCUAAGUGGUCGCACACCGUUCUUUGAAGUGGAUCCCUUGGAGAUAGAGAGCAAGAUCCUGGCAGGGCGCUAUGAUGCUUUCAAGCUGUACCCCAAUGUCUCCCAGAGUGCUGCGCUCUUCAUUCGCAAGGUUCUUUCUGCCCAGCCAUGGAGCCGUCCCACUAUCAAGGACUGCUUUGCCAAUCCGUGGCUCCAGGAUGCCUAUCUGAUGAAGCUGCGGCGCCAGACCCUCACUUUCACCACUAGUCGCCUGAAAGAGUUCUUGGUGGAGCACCAGCGUCGGCGCAACGAGGUGGCCACCAAGCACAAGGUCUUACUGCGCUCCUACCAUGGUGCCAGCAGCCACAUGCCCUAGCCGCCUGCCCUGCUGGAGGAGCCACAGAACAUUCCAGCAGGGGGCGUGAUGGGCCAAGCACCCGUCCUCCCAGCCAGGGUGGGACUGGUUGAUAUACCUCAUGGAUCAGGAAGGGUCGUCAGCACUGGCCGCUGUCCUUCCCUCCACCCACCAGUCCUGGCAUAGGCUGGCUUAGAAGGGUGGAGCGGUGCCUGAUGACAGAUUGACAGGAUUCUCUACUGUGGGGUUGGGUUCAGGGAAGGGAGACUUGCUCUGGGAAAUGCCUUGAAGCAGUGAUGUUACCAGGCCAAGGCCAAAGGGAGAAACCCCCGAGAUUUCCUCAUUAAAACACCAUCUCUCUCAGACUGUGCUCGACGGGCUGCAUCAAUAUCCUGUAUAGGUCAGGUGCCUCGGGGCAACAAUCAUUUUUGUUGAACAGCAGCAAACACAAAACAUGGCCAUCUGCACACCCAUCUCUUCCCUCUAGACAUCAACCUGAGUUGGAAGAAGACAAAGAGGGAUCAGCCCUGAAGCCUUGCAAUGAAGGCAAAACAGCACCCGGAAACUUGAAUCCCCACUUGCGCAAACAUCAUGUAUGUAGUGGAGGAGGGACGCGCAGGGAUGGAGCACCGGUACAUCUUGGCUUCUCUGGCUGUUGGGGUGGGCAUGGCCAUGGGGGCUGCCAUGGAGAGCGCCUGCACUUCUGAAUUGGCAACUGCAUCACUGAUAGACGUCAUACAGCACAGGGAUGGAAUAGUUCUUCAGAUGUCCAGUCUCCAAGGCAGGGGCUGGGGCAGAGGGCAUAUAUAAGUUCAUACCAACCCCACACUUAGGAAAACAGCCAAUAACAUGGAAUGCCAGGGCAGAGAGAGACAUCAAGGGUUAAUGGUGGUAGUGCCCCUGGGGUUCCUCUCCACCCACAUCUGCUUGAGUGCCCAGAAGAAGCUCACAAUAUGAAGUACCCACCAGGAGUUCUUCACAGUUUACUCUGCCGGCAUCCCAUUAUGCAGCAUCUUUUUCUUGCUGACCUCCAUACACUUUGCACAUGUUUUUUGGAAAUCCACAGAGAGCUACACACUCUACAGUACUUUCAGUACCUUCAGCACUGACGCAGACACACACUCCUUCUCCCCCUACAUACCUUCCUGAAUCAAGUACAUGCAUCAUACACCCUUUCCCACUCUCCAUGUAAUAUUUACAUACAUGCAUACACCCAUCCGCCAAUGCUUGUUCUGCCACAGUCCAUCCUAGAUCCGACGGAACACUCAUAAUGAAUCCCACAGAAACAUGCACAGAGCCUCUGAACUCAUGCACCUUUUCCUUUCUCCCACUCACCCUUCCUAGCAUAUCUAUCGUAUCUCUGGUGUGGAUUGGUUUCACUGUUAAUAAGGAGGGCGAUGGGAUGGGCUUUCUGACUAUCAUGGCCCUCUGAUUCCUUAGCGUUGUGGUAGUUGUGGUGGCUGACUGCAUCUCUGAUCUUCAGGUGCACUAAUGAAGCCACACAGAGUACGGGGAAAUGGAUUUGUCCACAUGACAUUGAAAGAGCAGACCCGAGUCUCUCUAUUUUGCUGUCUAGCCUGGCCUCCAUAAGGAUCCAGACUAGACAUGGCCCACUGAAAAGAGCAGAAGACAUUUGGAGAACUAGGUCUACAAAUCGUCACAGCUGCAGACAUUCAGUAGUGGGUGGAGAUAUUCAGGAGAUGAAGAGAUACAAGCCUGGAUUUAGCACAGUUGGGAGUGUUACCUGUUGAAGAAAGCUAGAAGCAGACCCAGGGUCUGGCCAGGGCCCAGGACUUACUGCAUGAAUGCAACUCUCCUGUCCCGGCUUGGCUGUGUGAAUCCACAUUCAUGAUUUCCCAUUUCUGUCCAUGCCCCACCCCACGCCCAAUGUGUUUUGAAUGUGGAGGUGCUAAUUUCCCUCUGGUGUGGAGCAAGCAAAACAACCAAGAGUCAAAAUAAAAGGCAGUGGAUAAUC